AUGGAGAGCUAUCUGAAACAGUACCACGAUGAGGAGAUUACAGAUCUGCUAAACAACCCGGACGGUUCGCUGCAUGUGUCGAUCCGCGUUAACCUCACGCACUUGCAACGCAAGCAGCCGGAUCUGUAUGCCCGUCUUCUACAAACCACGGACACCGAGAUGCUGCGAUGGAACGAGUGUUUACUGCGCGCCCAGGAAUCCUUGAUCGAUGGCAACCUCUUCCUCGAAACAGGCUUCAAAGUGAAACAAAAUUGCCACACACGCUUUGUGAACAUGCCUCUGGUUUCGUCUGGGGAGAGUAAAUUGCCCUCCUAUCCGAACACCGAUAAUGUUGGGCAAUUUGUGCAGGUGAAAGGUACUGUGAUCCGCAUGACGUCGAGUCGGUGUCUCGAGUACAAGCGCUGGUACAUAUGCACCCGAUGCAAGCGUAAAGUACUAGCAGAGGCAGAGUACGGUCGACUAUACGUUUUUGACAAACCGGGUCCGUGUCCGGCCGCGCGAGAGUCUGGAUGCCGGGGGUACCUGCAGGCCGUGUCGGCACAACCGCAGCCGGAAAACUACCGUGAUUAUCAAGAGAUUCGCAUCCAGGAGAUUAUGAGCGAACGGAGAGUGCCGGCCUCGUUGAUAGUGACACUCGAAGACGAUCUGGUGGAUGGGUGUCAGCCUGGCGAUCGCGUUACCGUUUGUGGUCGUUUGGAGCAUCGCAGCAAGCCACCGAUCGUCGGUCGACGUACAGAGGUGACGACCGCACUGCGGGCCAACAGUUUGGUUCGGGAACAUAUUAAAGGCAGCUGGGCCAACGACAUGCCGGAGCAUUUGCUGUGCGUGCAAGCCGAAUGGCAGGAGGUUCUCCGGGAUAUCGGUGAGCUGGCGGCAAGGGAUUGCCUGAUCCAAUCGAUCGCUCCCAACAUUCGCGGUAUGUAUCCGGUGAAGCUAGCUGUGGCGCUUACGUUGGCUUCCUGUACGGAGCGGCCGUGCGACGCCGACCAACAGUCCAGCCGCGUUCGGGACCAUUCACAUUUGCUGUUGGUCGGCGAUCCGGGCUUGGCAAAAUCGCAACUGCUGAAGUUUGCAUCUGAGAUCGCGAGCCGUGCCGUGUACACCAAUGGGAUGGGUUGCUCGUCGGCCGGGCUAACGGCGGCCGCAGUGAAAGAUGAAGGUGAGUGGGAGCUAGAAGCGGGAGCUUUAGUGCUGGCGGAUGGCGGGAUCUGUUGUAUCGAUGAGUUCAAUCGGAUGCGCGAAACCGACAAAGCGUCCAUACACGAAGCGAUGGAACAGCAGACGAUCAGCGUGGCCAAGGCGGGCAUGGUGCGCAAGAUGAGCACACGGUGCGUCGUAUUGGCGGCCACCAACCCAAAAAAACCCUUCACCAUGUCCGACGACGAGGGCCCUUCCGCAGCGAACAUCGGAAUCGGAGGACCACUGUUGUCGCGUUUCGAUAUCGUUCUGAUUCUACGCGAUAUUCAUUCUUCCGCCUGGGAUACAGAUAUUGCGACGCACCUACUAACAAUGGCGUUACUCGACGAGGAGCAAUCAGAGUUCGAUCGAUCCCCUCCACUAGCCCAUUGGGAACUAGAAAAACUGCAGCUCCAUUUUGCCGCAAUCAAAGACAUCCAUCCGACAGUUUCACCCGAAGCAAACGUUAUUCUUGGGGCAUACUACAAAGCGUGUCGUGCGGAUCCGUUCCGCGAUCCAGCCCGGACUACCGCGCGGUUGUUGGAGAGUUUGUUUCGAUUGGCAAAGGCGCACGCUCGACUGCUAUUCCGCCGCGAGGUAACACCGAUCGAUGCGAUCACCAUCAUUCAGUUGAUGGAAGCGAGCUGGGGCUUCGGUAAGAUCGGCAUUGCGCCGUACGAUCUGAUUAAGGCAGAUCUUCCGCUCGGCCCGGAACAGGCAUUAAUCGAUCGGUUGUUGGAUAGGCUGCAGCUGAACGAAACAUCCAUCCGUGAUUCAGCGACUGUUCGGCCGAUCGAUCCGAACCUUCUUCGUCGUUACCAGUGUGGCAUGAUUGCCAAGCAAAAAGCUAAGCAGGCGACAAAACAUGAGCAGCAAAGUAGUGGCCCAGCGUGGCAAGGAACUCUAACGCAACAGUCUCCGUGUAGUUCGACUCCUCCAACGGGCAGUUCGCAGCUUGCGUCGAGUUCUUCUAUUUCAAAGUAUACUAUUCAAACAAAAGCAAAUUUGAAAAAAUUACAAAAAGUGCCAACGUGCGAUGAUGAAGACGUGGGCAUGGCGAAAAAACGCAAACAGCAAACAUCGGAAGACACUGCACCGUUGGCAUCGAGCGAACAAUCUGUAUGCCAAAUAACAUUGUCCAAUAAAAAGCAGGGAACAAUGAAUAGAAUAGAUGCACUACCUACAAAGUCCCACUGCUCCGUCGACACUGUGGGUGACGAUGAGAUUAUGAGCUUUCAAAUCGAAUCGUGUGGCGAUCGUUCGCUUUUAGGCGAAGAUGAAGCAGAAGCCGAACCAGGAAUACGCACUCAAACAUGCCAGAAACUACAGCAGUUUGAAUUCGCGGCGCACAAAACAUCGAACCCAUCGGCGGCGGACAAUAACGCUGAUGCUUCGAUGCACGACACAAUUAAGAAAGCAAAUGACAGAAGCCACCAAGCAUCCCAGUACAGUUAUCUCUUUUCCGAUGGAGAAGAGGAUGCCGAUGACGAUCUGCAUUUUUCCGACAUCGAGCUGUAGAAGGGGAAUGCUGUUCAUAAUUCAAACAACUUUAUGUUUCGUCCAUAGUGCGUUCUUCGAGUGAAAGUCAAACUAUUUUCCGUGUCCUCUACAAGCCAUUUUUGUAUUUCUUUUAUUUGCCGUUAAUAUACAGCACAUUACCUA